AUGGAUUGUCUUCAAGGUCUAGCAAAAGCACAUGAUCUGAAAAUGUUCAACUUUCAAGAUUUUAAUUAUGAGGAAUAUGUAAGGUUGGAUAAGAUUCAAGGAGGCGACCUUAAUUGGAUCAUUCCCGGUAAAUUUCUUGCAUUUAUUGGACCCGUGGAUUAUAGUGUAGCAUUAUACCAUCCACCAGAGAUAUACAUCGAAUAUUUCUUAGAAAAUAACGUUAAAACUGUCAUUAGACUUAAUAAGAGGCUUUACGAUGGCAAUGUAUUUAUUAAUGUUGGAAUAACACAUUACAAUUUAUUUUUCCCUGAUGGAUCGUGUCCACCAAGACAUAUAUUGUUUAAGUUUUUACAGAUAAGUGAACAAUCAGAUGGAGCUAUAGCUGUACAUUGCAAGGCCUGGCUCGAAGAACUUGAAUCAUGGCUGAUAAAACAGGGAAAUUUAUACAGGAGACGGACUUUUCAAGACGUCGAUAAAAUGCCAAUGCAUGAAUUUGGCAUUUACUCGUUUUCUGAGAAAUCUCAUAAUUUCCGACCAGUGGUGAUUAGUAAGUCUCCAUCACCUCCGCCGCCGAUGCAACGGCCAAUGCAUUCAGAUAUAUCCAAGCAAAUACGACCCCAAGCUUCCAAAGUGAGAGAAGAAAAAUCCGAAAAUAACAAAGAUGAUAUUUUUCUUGCAUCAUGUGACUUAACAAUAGAACCUAAGGAACCCACCAUUCAAAUGAAAGGGUGUGUAAUAAAAAAUAGCACUACUCCUGAAGAAUAUAAUUCUAAUGAAGAUUCUGAAGAUAAUAUGCCACUGUGGAAAAAGUAUUUGUGUUGCAAAUCUUGUAAGAAAGCUGGUAAUGACAAAUUAUGGUGGUUGGCAGUGCGUUGUGCAAAAAUAGCCCCUAAGAGAUGUCAGUCUAAUAAAUGUUGCAUGUUUUUGGACUUGAACGUGUUGAUGAAGAGUACGAUAAGUAAUAAGGAAAUUGAAAAGCAUUUAUGCUCGUCAAUUACUAUCAAGCCACAGCAUACUUUUAAGGUCUCAAAUAAUUUUAGUGAUCGUAUAACAUCGACCAAUAUAACAAAAACAAUGCCUUCCGUCUUUAGUUCUGGACCGAGAGAUACAUUACAACCACAACAGCGUCGUCGUCUAGGUCGGAGCCCAAGUCCUCCUCCUAUUAGGACACUGGAACAGUCUCGUGCCACAAACACUCCAUCACCUGGAGAAAUGAUUCACGUCAGAGAUUCAAAGUCUACUUUAAGAGCUGCGUUGUCUAGACUUCAAUUUAAGAAUACACUAAAGCCACUUGAGAUGGGUGCUUUAGUAACAAAAGCCUUACGGCCCAUUAAAUCUUUUAAUAUUGAGAACCGAGCUCACCGGGUUAUUUCAAAAGAAAAACCCGAUGUAGCACCGAGUUAUCCAUCUACAAUAGAAGAAUUGAAGAGAGUACAUGAAGUUGACCCUCAUAUUGAUGAAAAACUUGAUAAAAAAGAUCCAGGGCUUGAUGAAAGACUUAAAGAUGUUUAUGUAACAUCGUACGGCAGACCUGAGGACGAUGUGACAAAAGAAAAAAAAGAUCAAAGUGUUAAUCGUCCACUGCCUCAAAGCCGUGGAUUAGUGCCUGAUUUUGACUUUGGUUUAAAAGAACCUGACAAAGUUCCAUAUGGGAAAACUACAUUGCGACAUGCAAUUGAUUAUAUUUCGUCUUACCAAAUAAACCCUGCAGAAGUUACAGCAGCUAAAAUUGCACAUGAAUAUAAAAUGAAAGUUGACGAUGUAGAAUGUAUAUUAAAAUAUUUUAAAACUUAUGAAGUUUACUUACCAGCAACUAAAAAGACGCCAGCAAUGUUUGCAGGACCAUCCGAGUUAAGAAAGCAAUUAUACAAAACAAAUGUACAAGAGAUUGAAAGGAAAAAAGAUGCAGAUGAUGAAAAGGAGCCCCAAAAAAAUAUUUCACAAUCAAAAGCAUCU